UCCCUCCAAAACUCUAGUUCUCGUGCUCACAAGUGAAAGUGAAAUUGAAAAUUGCAGAUCGUGAAAUUCUCGUGCUCACAAGUGAAAGUGAAAAUUGCAGAUCGUGAAAAUCAGUCUUCAGUCAAUCAAGAUUAACGAAGAUAGAAUGGCCCCCUCACACAACUUGAACUUGUUCGACCUUUUCACUAAGAAGAAAAUGGAGAACGCCAUGAAAAGAGAUCGAAGAGUGAAAAGACUGCAGGCAGAGAUGACGCGCAGGCGAGGAGUUAAAAUUGCUGCGUAUAGCACCAGCUUGCUUCUGGAGGAGAAUCUCACCGUUGAAGAUGCGGCUGAUGUGAUUUGCAAACAUCUCGAUGAAAAUAAGCAGCAGAAAGAAGCAAUCCCUAAGGAUGAUUACGAUUCUUCUCCUCCACGAACGCUACGAAACGAGAGCAACAGCAGCAACGAACAAAGCAGAACAUUUGUGAAUAUGCUGAAAUCAGGAAGUCAAACAAACAAAAGGACCGUGGAUCCUGCUGUCGUUACUGCAGUAAUUCAGGAGAUGAUGCCGAAGUUGUUGCCUACCAUCGUAGAGGGGGUGGUGGCCUCGAUGCAAAAGGACUGAUUUCCCAGAAUUGAUUCCAGAAAAAUCAUUCCAGAAAUGAUUUAAAUUUUUGAUUACUUUAUGAUUACUUGAUGAUUUACUUUUAACACUUUUAAAACUUUUAAUGAAGACAAGAAAUGAUGGAAAAAAGAUUCCCACUAAAAUCUCCUCUCUCCUAAUGGUUUACUGGACAAGGUACGAAUUCUAGCAUUCUGCAACACGUUUCAUUACGAAAACUUCACGCAGAACGCGAUUUGCGCAACGAAAAUUACUGAAAUAAACUCCUAAUGAAGAUAUUAACGUUUUUAUUUUACAUUGGCUACGGGAAAUUUAAACUGUCUGCUCACAAAAACUCAAAGCUCUACGUGAGUCAAAUCGUGCACUUCAAUGGUAGUGGCGAGCUUCUUAAUCGAGCUGUGUUCCUUUCUCGUCCUGUCUUCUUCAAAGUGUUACCAACGUGCAUCAAAUAAACGAACGCAUUGAAAUCAAUAUUGCUUUGUUUUCAUAUCGCAGAGACCGUUAUGGUGCUGAUUAGUGCGCGAUUUGACUCUUGUAAAUCAUUGAGUUUUCAUGAGCGGGAGGUGUGAAUUUACGCAUGAAGAAACAUAAAAUAUCUUCGUUAUGAGUUGAUUUCAGUGAUUUUCAUUGUGCGCAUUGUGUUCUUCGUGAACUUUUGACCAAGAAACAUGUAUCACAAUGGUUAAAUUCAUACCUUGGGUAGUGAUCCAUUAAGGUGAGUUCCACUGGUCAUAAAAUCGUGUUUUGAUGCUUGAUUCUUGUAGAUUAGCUGAAAUAAUAAGAUCCGUCCAACCAGCAACUUUGUACGUUCAAUAUUAACCAAGAUAUUUUUAUUUGAAAAGUUGAGUUUUUGGCGUCAUCCACCGUGGUAGUGACACCCUUGGAUUUUUCAACCGUGCUUUCAUCAGUCUGUGUGAUGCACAUUUGCACUGGGUUAUCAAUAUAAAACUUCGAGGAAAACAAGGUAAAGGAAACCAAGAGUGUCAGUACCCUGUUGAAUGAUGUCAAAAAGCUGACUUUUUAAAGGGGGAUAUCUCUGCUGAUAUUGAAUGGAGGAAGUUGCUAUUUGGGCAGAUCUUAUUAUUUUUAGCUAAUCUACGUACAAGAACCAAUCAUCAAAGCAUGAUUCUGUGACAAGCCAAACUGAACUAUUGAACACAUUUUAGAACGUAGAUCGGUUUCUGUAGUUCCUCUAUCUAUGGAAACUACCCCUGUGGAUGGUUCCCAAAAAGUGGUACCAUAAGAAUUCUCAGUUACUCUUAGUGUACAGUUUAUUUAGUUCUUUUUUUCCACACUUUAGUGUUCAAUUUAGUUUACUUUUCCAAAGUGA